UGGGUUUUUUUUAGCAUUUUUAAUUAUUUUUUUUUUCGCAUCCAGACCACGAGCACCGGCCGGACUCGCCCUCGCUCCCCCCGCGGUGCGCGCACCGUUCCUGCCGGCUUUGUGCGCUGAAGCCCCGUCCCUCCUCUUCCUCCUCCUCCUCUUUCUUCCCCUCCUCCUCCUCCGCCGUGCAGCCUUAACGCGACUCCGAGGAGCAUCCGAGAGCACAGCAGCGGCUGGUCCAACCCUCCCCGCAGCAAAAACCCUUUCGUUUUUGCUUUCCCUGCGUGUUUUUGACCCUUCCCGCACUCGCACCACGCGGAGCGCCCGCUGCCUCCGUGUUAACCAUGCCCAUGGAGCUGACUCAAAGCCGCAUCCAGAAGAUUUGGCUCCCCAAUGACAACCGCCCGGCGCUGCCCCGCCGCUCCUGUGGGCCACAGCUUGCCAAUUCCCCCACUGUGAUAGUGAUGGUUGGCUUGCCAGCCCGCGGGAAGACCUACAUCUCCAAGAAGCUGACUCGCUACCUCAACUGGAUUGGUGUUCCAACAAAAGUUUUCAAUGUGGGGGAAUAUCGCCGUGAGGCAGUGAAGCAUUACAGCUCCUAUGACUUCUUUCGCCCUGACAAUGAGGAGGCCAUGAAAGUCAGGAGGCAAUGUGCCCUGGCUGCUUUGAGGGAUGUCAAGCUGUACUUAACAGAGGAGGCUGGCCAGAUCGCGGUUUUUGAUGCCACCAAUACCACACGGGAGAGGAGAGGGAUGAUCCUAAACUUUGCCAAAGAAAAUGGGUUCAAGGUGUUCUUCAUUGAAUCUGUCUGCAACGAUCCCACUGUAGUUGCCAGCAAUGUUAGGGAAGUAAAAUUGUCCAGCCCUGAUUAUCGUGACUGUAAUUCAACCGAUGCCAUGGAGGACUUCAUGAAGAGGAUCAACUGUUACCAGGCCAGCUACCAGCCACUCGACCCUGAUGACUAUGACCGGGAGCUUUCUCUCAUCAAAGUCAUCGAUGUUGGCCGGCGGUUCCUGGUUAACAGAGUUCAGGAUCACAUCCAGAGCAGGAUCGUUUACUACCUGAUGAACAUCCAUGUCCAGCCCCGCACCAUUUAUCUCUGUCGGCAUGGUGAAAGUGAGUUCAACCUCAAGGGGAAGAUUGGAGGUGACUCAGGCCUCUCCAACAGAGGCAAGAAGUUUGCCCGGGCACUGAACAAGUUUGUUGAGGAGCAGAACCUGAAGGACCUCAAAGUCUGGACCAGCCAGCUAAAGAGGACAAUCCAAACAGCAGAAGCUCUUCAAUUGCCCUAUGAGCAGUGGAAGGCACUCAAUGAAAUUGAUGCUGGGGUGUGUGAAGAAAUGACGUAUGAAGAAAUCAGGGAGCAGCAUCCAGAGGAAUUCGCUUUACGUGAUCAGGAUAAAUAUUACUACCGCUAUCCUUCUGGGGAGUCCUACCAAGAUCUGGUGCAGCGUCUAGAGCCGGUCAUUAUGGAGCUGGAGAGACAAGAGAACGUCCUUGUGAUCUGUCACCAGGCUGUCAUGCGCUGUCUCCUGGCAUACUUCCUUGAUAAGAGUGCAGAUGAAAUGCCCUACCUGAAAUGUCCCCUUCACACAGUGUUGAAGCUGACCCCAGUGGCCUAUGGCUGCCGAGUGGAAUCCAUCUCACUCAACAUUGAAGCUGUCAACACCCACAGGGAUCGGCCAGAGGAAGGAAAGAAGGGACCUAACCCGCUCAUGAGACGUAAUAGCGUUACCCCUCUAGCAAGCCCAGAGCCCACCAAAAAACCUCGCAUCAACAGCUUUGAGGAGCAUGUGGCUGUUUCUUCCGCCCUGCCAGGCUGUGUUCCUCAGGAAGUGCCCUCGCAGCUGCCGGGACAACCUUUACUAGGGAAGGCAUGCCUACCCGUUUGUCACUUUCUCAAAGUUUUCUCUUUACUAAUAUUUCCAAGAACAUGAACACCUCGCAGAAGCUGUCGUGACUCCGUUGGCGCUGUGGCAAUGCCAAUGGCAACGCCACCAGCUUCCCAUCCUAUCGCCAUUUCCAAAGCUUGCUUAUAAACCAGUCUCCUCCAUCUGCAGCGAGGUCGACCCUCAUCUGUUUCUACCCGUGCCCGUUCAUCUGCAAACAGCUCUGCUGAAGGAGGGGAGAGAUGCAAGAGAGCAGAGGAGAGGAGCUGAGCAUCCCAGGGUCACCACCAGAUCUUUAGGCUGCAGCACUUGCUCUCCUCUCCAGCCUCCUGUUUAGAUCCUAGCAAGCUGUAAAGUGCUUCCUAGCGCACAGGAGUUUCAUUUCCUUCUGCAAGCAGUUUUGAUCUUCUUUUGUAGAGAUGACUGGUACCCAUCCUUCUCGGGGUGGGGUGUGUAUAUAUGUGGAUGGUGCGGGGUUAGCAGAGAGAUGGGGGGAAGGGGAGGGAAUAAAUGGGUUUUGCAGUUUUUUAUGAUUAUUAUUAUAAUUAUGAUUAAUUCCUUUUCACGAAGUCGUUUAGCCAAGCUGCAGCCUGUCGCACACCAAGCCUGGCUCACCCAGGCCUGCGAGCACUAGGAAGGCAGUUGUGUUAAGUCCUUCACAGUGAAAACUUUGGGUUUAACAAGGAAAGAAGACCCCAAAACAUCUUUUGUUUUACUCGGUACACCUUAAAGGGGUUUGCAGAGAA